AUGUCAAACACAAGAGGCGAAGUCCAGGGUCUACCCUGGCUGAUCUGGGUCGUCGUCAUUUUCGGCUCCAUUUCCUCCACUGGCUUUGGGUUCGAUUCAGGCUGGUGGUCUGGCAUCAUGACUUCUGCUCAAUUCACACGCCGCUUUGGGUCAUUUGAUCACGUAUCAAAACAGUGGGCGCUAACAUCCCAGCAACAAUCUCUGGGCACGGGGUUGGGCUACCUUGGAAUCAUCUUGGGUCUUUUCUGCGGAGCGCCGUUGACCACGCGCCUGGGAAGGAAGAAGACUUUAUGGAUCCAAAGUUUCGUUGCAAUUUUGGGCAUUAUCAUCGAAGCGACUACAAAGAGCAGUUACGUCCAGUUUAUCAUCGGCAAAGUCGUGGUCUUCUUUAGCUGUGGUAUCGCCACAAGUGUCAUCCCGACCUACCAAGGAGAGUGUGCGCCACAGGGCCUCCGUGGGCUCAUGUCUGGCGCUUAUAACGCUUUCCUGAUGAUCGGAGGAUUCGCCUCGACGUUAAUUGUCUAUCUUUGUCGGCACAUCUCGAGUGACUGGUCCUGGCGGAUUGUUAUCGUCGCACAGGUGGUCAUUCCUUUCAUAAGCUGGAUCAGCUUGCCCUUCUUGCCCGAGUCUCCGCACUGGUUGAUCUCACAGGGACGAUUGGAGGAUGCAACGGUCGUGAUUCGUCGACUUAGAGGACCGGACUUUCCUGCCGAGAGCGAAGUGGCUCUGAUUCAGCAGGAAUUACUCAAACAGCGCGAGCGCAACGCGAAAGCCACUUGGGUGAGCUGUGUUGAAGAUCCAGUCAAUCGGCGACGUACUUUCAUCGCAGUUGGCACUCAGAUCCUUCAACAAGCACAAGGCAUUUCAUUCGUCGCCAACUAUCAGGCUGUCUUCCUACAGCGGAUCGGAUUCAAAGAAGUCCUUUUGAUGUCGGUUGUGGUAUAUAUUAUCGGUAUUGUGGCAAAUUUAGUAGGAAUGUCGCUGACCGACAAACUCGGUCGACGUGUUGUGAUGUUGUGGUCUGCCACGCUACUUGGAGCCUGCAUGUUGAUUAUUGGUGGGCUGACAGCAAAGGGCUCGAGCAAUAUGACCUAUCCCCUUCAAAUCGCUUCCACUGUCAUGUUCGUCUUAUGGUUCUUCGUCUUCCAGAUCUCCUGGGGCCCGUUGGCGUGGGUGAUCACAGCCGAGGUGCCCGCUUCGCAGGUCCGAGAAAAGAUGGUCGCGUUAAGUGGAGUCUCCGCCUACCUGACAGGCUUGGUUAUCGUCUUCGUUGAUCCGUACACACAGGCAGCCAUUGGAGGUAGCGUGGCUUUUAUCUAUGGUGCUUUCUCGAUUGUAUCUGUGAUAUUUGUGUGGUUUUUCGUGCCAGAAUUGCGGCAGUGCUCCUUGGAGCAAAUCGAUGAAAUGUUCCGAGAGCGGCUUCCGACGAGGGCAUUCAAGACUCAUGUUUGUCGGAUUCCUGCGGAUGCAGCAUCUGAGAAACCUCAUCAGCCUCAGUGCACCGAGGCUGUUGCUUGA